AUGAACCGUGCAAGGUGGAAGAAACAUCGUUCAGAGUUUUUGAAUGAUGACUGUGGGCAAAAUGCCCUUCAGCUGGUGGCGCGGGGAAGUACCAUCAUCGCUGAGAUUUUGCGCCUCUCGGAGCACAUACCGCUGGAGUUUAUACGCCCGGAAGAGACGGAGUACACCGCCCUCAUCAGUGAUUUUCGCUAUUUUAAGGCGCAGGAUGAGUUUGAACAACGCAUUCAGAACUCUAUUGAGCUGCUUCAGAAGGAUGAGGUUUUUGCCACAACCCAUAUGGAGCUUCUUGAUCGUUUUUUUAAGCUCUUCCGCGGUGUCUAUGGGUACGUGAUGGAGCUAAACCGAUACAUAGAGGAGAUACGGGAGGGAAUGUACAUUUCUCAGACGCUGGAGUCUAUUUUGGUUAACCUCGACGGCAAACAACUCCUCUGUGAAAUUAUGCAUCUCUACGGUGUCAUGCUACUUCUGCUAGAUCACAAACUUGGGGGCAAGACGCGAGAAAAUCUUCUUGUGAGUUACAUUCGCUACAAGGGCGCUGGAGAGGCAAACAUGGUUGAGGUGACCAACCUGUGCCGCGCCACCGGCUACGAGCCUGGGCACGCGUCACCUGAGUGCUAUCCUGUGGCGUACUUUAGUCGUGUGCCUAUUGACAAGGAGGUGGUUGGAAUGAUUUUAGGGCGUAUUCGCUCCGAUGACAUCUACCAGAUGGCAUACAAUUAUCCUGCACCCGAGCACCGUAGUGCCGCCUUGGCUCUGCAGGGAGCCGUGUUGUAUGUGCUUUUAUUUUUCCGUCCAGAGAUAUUGCAUCAAGAAGGUCCUGUUAUGCGAGAGAUUGUGGAUAAACACUUUGCGGACAAUUGGGUGAUAAACUAUUACAUGGGAUUUACGGUGGAUCUUACGCUGGCGUGGCGGGAUUUUAAGGCGGCUAGUGACGCCAUAAGUAGGACUAUUGCUACUGAGAAUGUGGCUUACCACCUAGAGCGAAUGCGGACCGGUAUGACGUCCCUCAAUAGCUCCAUUGGCGAAGUCCUGCGGGAGGGUGUGCUGACGGAGAAGUAUGUUCUGGACAACAUUCACGCCUCUUUGCUGCCCCGCAUCCGAGAGGCCAACGUAGUACUGCGGUGGUUUAUCCUUCACACAACCCGCGGUGCACCCGGUAGUCGUUGCCUUGAGAAGUAUCGAAGGAGCUGCGACAUGGUCGCUGCGGCUGUCACGGAAGAUGAUAUUAUCACGCUGUUACUACGCACCGCUCAGCUGGAAUUUACGCUCCGUGCCAUGUUCACUACACUGCUGAAGCAAAAACGUUCCAAGUGGGAGUCCUCGAGAGAGGAAGGGGCAGCAAAGAUGUUAAAGUUGGCCACUUUUUUCUCAGGGGAGCAUGUUCUUAGUGAUAAUGUGCGUGAUUCACAGCUGGAGGCGUGGUUCACAGAAAUCUCUGAACGCAUUCAGGGCCUCGAGUACUCCGACAGUAUCACCGCCAGUCGCAAAAUUCAAAAACUAAUUAAAGCGCUUGAAAAUGUGCAGGAGUUUCACCAGAUUGACAGCAAUCUUCAAGUUGUUCAGUUUGUGCAGGACACACGCUUUCUCCUACGCCAGAUGAUACGGUACAUUAACAUUGAGAACAAGGUGCUUAUUACGAUUGCCACGGUGGGCGACUUAUCCUAUGCCUGGGAGCUUGUAGCCACAUACGGCUGCUUUGUAAAUGCUAUUCAACUGAAAAUCAAACAACAACCAGACCUUGCUGUGCAAAUGCGUGCCGUCUUUGUGAAGCUGGCGUCUAUGCUGGAGCUGCCGUGUAACCGUAUUGACCAGGGAGCGCAGAAUGAUGCGCGUCUGUUGGCAGCGCUGGAAACAACCUCGGAGUACUACUCCAGCGAACUGGUGGCGUUUGCCCGAAGCGUCCUGCAUGUCAUUCCAACCUCCAUCUUUGAUGUGCUUCGCCAAAUUAUGAAGAUCCUCACCGAUGACCUCCACGAAUGUCCGACGAAGCUGUUGCGCAGGGAGAUGAAGAGCGAGAGCCAGUUGGACCUCCGGCGCAAACUCUCUGCACUCACCGCGGAUAUUGCCAGGUAUGCCAGUGGUAUUCUUGCGAUGGAAAGCACACUUGUGGGCGUGAUUCAGGUAGAUUCGCAUCAACUCUUGGAAGAUGGCAUUCGCAAGGAACUUGUGCGACAGAUCACACACAUGCUUCAUCACUCGUUGUUAUUUGACAGAAAUAAUCCCAUCUCGGCAAGUCUCUUUGAUAAUGAGCUUGCGGGCCUUGCACAAAAGCUGAACGGCAUCCGAGCCUCCUUUGAGUACAUUCAGGACUACGUCAAUGUGCACGGACUCCGUAUUUGGUUGGAGGAGUUUUCCCGCAUUGUUAACUUCAACGUGGAGAUGGAGUGCAACACUUUCAUGCAAAAGAAGCUGUACCCCUGGAAGUCGCAGUAUCAAUCUGAUAGCAUCCCCAUUCCGUAUUUUCCACGCACCAAGGAGAAGAUGGCAUACAGUUUUCUUGGGAGAAUAUUGCAACACCUGCUUAUGAUGACUGAUCCAAUGCGCUCUGUGUUUUUAACAGCAUACGGCUCCUGGUACGAGCGAGGAUCUCUACAGGAGAUUGUGGGAACGCGUACCUUUACAAGCAUUUGCAACGCCAUUGGUUCCAUGGGUCUCGGAGCGCUGGAUCGACUGAUGUGUUUUGUGCUUGCAAAGGACUUGCAGCUGGCGUUGAAAUUCAUUCGUGCGGCACUUGAACCGGUGGAGGAAGUUGUUGCGGAGCUUAGCGGGGAGUUGUGUCCGGCCGCUGGGACGCCGGAGAACGCCACACACAUUUACGCCAAGCUAGUGGAGACCGUCGGUGGGGGAAGCAGCGGUGGUCACUUUGCAGAGCUCACGAAGAUUUUGGUGCGUGUGGGUCGUAUACAACUCAUGCGCACGAUGCUUGCGAGUGAACUUCGCGCCUUUUGCAAGCUAAACAGUGGCUCCCUCUUUGCCGCACUCUCAACUGCAAAUGAGGCGCUCUUGAUGGACCUGCGUCAUCACUACCAUAACCCCGGCUCUCACCCCAUUCCAGACGAUGUCAUUGCCGUCAUUUCCCCCUUCCUGGAUUGUGUUGGCAUCAGCGAUGCGUUGUCCAAGGUGUACGUGACGUCGCGGCCGAUACCGUCUCUCGUGUUCCACCUUCUCGCUCUGACGCUGUGCAAUGUGCCAAAGAUGCGCUACGAUGCGUCGGUUGCAUCCAUGGUGCCGAACCUCUUGAGUGACCUGGUCGACCCUGAGGCGUUCGCCCAGGGUCUAUCACUCUUACUUAAGCAGUUCCACUCAGACCAGUUAGUACUCUUCCUGAAUCACCUCUCGCAGGCGGUUCGCGUGUAUGUGUGUUCCUUUGAGAAUAAGAGCGCUCGCCAGAAAGAGGAUGUCCUACUGACGGAGGCAGAGGUCCUUACGCAGGUGAUACAUAAACUGGCGGCAUCAUCCGGUUUGCCCAUUAUCGACUUUCACCGCGCACUUCCUGCUACUCUCUGUGGGAUGCCUCGUUUGUCUACACAAGGCAUAAAAAGGUAA